AUUCAGCACUGAAUUACACCGACAGCGUUAUAAACGCCGGUUAAUUGUCGCCGUUGCCCCACCCUACAUACACAGAGCGCUUUCAAAUAAACCCGACAAUAAAUCUCCACAUAACUGCCAUCAUUCGCUAAUAUACGCGAUAAUACGCACGUAAAAGCAGGCGUUUUGGACGCGUUCAGAGCUGAGUCGGUGAACACGCGUCGUCAGGUGCUGCAGCGUCCAUAAACGCCCACCUAGAAGAGCACCAGACGAGAGAGAGCUGCGCUUACAUCCGAGAUGGCAAAAGCAGACCAGCGCUUUGGGCAGAGAGAUGGAUCUGAUCAGAACUUCGACUACAUGUUCAAACUCCUGAUCAUUGGCAACAGCAGUGUAGGAAAGACCAGCUUUUUAUUCAGAUAUGCGGACGACUCCUUUAGCAACUCUUUCGUCAGCACGGUCGGCAUUGACUUUAAGGUGAAGACGGUUUACAGGAACGACAAGAGAGUGAAGCUCCAAAUAUGGGAUACAGCGGGACAGGAGCGGUAUAGGACUAUAACUACAGCUUACUAUAGAGGAGCCAUGGGCUUCAUCCUCAUGUACGACAUCACAAAUGAAGAGUCCUUCAAUGCCGUGCAGGACUGGGCAACACAGAUUAAGACCUAUUCAUGGGAUAAUGCUCAGGUGAUAUUAGUGGGGAACAAAUGUGACAUGGAUGAGGAAAGGGUGGUGCCUUUUGAGAAGGGGAAACACUUGGCCGACCAGUUAGGGUUUGAGUACUACGAAGCCAGCGCCAAGGAGAACAUCAACGUCAGACAAGUAUUCGAGCGCUUAGUCGACAUCAUCUGCGUGAAGAUGUCCGAGAGAGUCGAUACGGAUCCAUCAAUGGUCACCGGUGCCAAAACCACCCGGCUAACUGAUAAGCCGCCCCAGCUACCUCAGAAUUGUUGCUGAUUUCCAUCUCGACUCAUAUGCCAACUUAUCAGCAGCGGAUCCGAUGUUGUUUGGUUUGAUGUUCUGUUAUAUGGCGGCCGGAACCGAUCUGGGGUGCGUUUCGUAGUGCAAUGCAUCGUUAGGACUAGCUAGUGACGACUGUUUAGGGAAAUAGUAACAUGGUCGCACCUUCAUCAUUUAAACACGUGGAUUCAACAAUAUAGGACUGUUGUUAAUGACGUUGCACAUGUAGUGGAGUUAAAACCUAGGAAUGCUAAUUAAUCGAUUUGAUGGUUUAUACAAGAGAGUGCAGUCUUUGAAAACGCCGCUCAUUAUUGACACGAUAAAAUACAUAAAAAACAAUGUAUAUACAUUUAGAUGUAAUGCUAACAAAAAACUAUUCUGUUAACAUGAUUGCUGUUUGCUGAUGCUGUUUGCGACUGUUCCUUGGAACUGUGGUUUCGGGAAACAGCGAACUACGUUGGUAACGACAGAACUUGAGACAACAGUUGGCUAACAGUGCUUUCGGGAAACGCACCCUUGUUCGUUUGUAGCUGUCAAACACGUGAAGUAGUUGAGUAAUAAUAGUACACUUCUAACUUAAUCAGUCCAUAGGAAACUCAAAGCAGGGACUAGAGCAAAGCACAAAAGCUACUACUUGGCUCUCAGAACUUCAGUGUUCACUGCCGAAACUAGAUUUAAAACACAAUCUGUUGUGGCACAAUCUUGCUAAUGUUAUGAAUUAUAUAUUGAGUGUAGUUUAUGAGUACUUUGAAGUGAUAGUUCACCCAAAAAUAAAAAUUUGGUUAUCAUUUACUCAUCCGCAAGUCUGUUGUUAACCAAACAUUUGACGGUAGCCAUUUACUUCUAUAGGGUGGAAGAAAGUACUAUGGAAGUGAAUGGCUGUCGUCAACUUUUUGGGUCAUACCAAUUUGGAACAACAUGUGGAUGAGUAAAUGAUGACAAAAUGGGUGAACUUUCCUGUUAGUGAAGGUAAAAUGGUGGAUAUUUUGUUAAAAGGCACAAAAAUAAACUCAGACUUUUGCAAAAUGGCCAUUAUGCAGUUUUCAGGGUGGUUUCGAUGCUCUGAUUUGAUUGGAUCAGAAGCAGAUGCACAUUGUAUGUUGGACUCCAUCUAUUAACUGCUGGCACAGUAUGUGUUUUGAGAAUAUGAGCACUUGCUUAUGCUAUCUUUAUGUUAAGAGAGAAAAAAAACGUGACGUUUAGUAAAUUCAUGAUUAGGUACGCUAAAUAAAUUUCAUGUCUUACACGAAAAUAUGAUAUUAAAUUCAUGUUAAACUUAGUAUUGUCAGAAACCACAUGUAACAGUUGUGUGUAAUAAUAGACCCAAACACAAUCAGCACAUUUCAUAGUCAGGUGACGUUCGAGAGAUAUUACUCUUCGCUCAAAUCCUCGAGCGGAACGUCAAGAUAUAUUGUGAACUCGUGCCAGGACGUCUUUAUAUUUCAGAAACUUGUAGCAAAUCCUUGUGGGUUCGUGUAUGUAUAAUCUACUCUGGAUUUUUAUCAAGUGACGUAUGAGUGUUUUAUGUAACUAUAGUCAAGAUUAUUCCAAAUGAGAUAUUUUUAAUUCAGACGUUAUAGGCUACUUUUCGUUCUUCUGGGUAGAUAUUUAUUUUUAUGCUGCUGGAAUAUAUAGUUGUACCUUUGCUGUCAGUGUAUUUUGAUUUGUAGACAAUUUGCACUGGGGCGUACAGUGAUUGUACAGUUGUGAAUGUUACUUUUAGAUGCAAUUUGUAACAAUAAAAGCACAAAUCACAUAUAAUAAGGCUAAUAUUUACGUGCCACGUCUGUCAUUGUAUGUAUGUUAUGCUGAUGGCCAGUAUGAUAAGGAUAUAUAUUAUAUAUACUACAUGAAAUGAAAACUUUCAAAACUCAAAAUUCACCCAAAUAAAGAGUUUUAAUUACA